AAAUGUCAAAAAGUUGAAUCAGCAGGCUCCCUUAACAUGUACGAAAACCCGACUGCCGAAGCCGGUAGUCUUGACGCCUGACGAUAAGUUAUUCCAGUAACCCCCGUAAACGGAGUGGCAGGAUUCUCAUUUUUUUACUCAUCCUUCCAGCGCCUUUAGCCCCCAGCAGAGACACUGCGCGGUAAGGACGAAGAAAAAGAAGAAGGUCCCGUCGCCGUUCUGCGGACGGGAUCGAGAACACAGGAGGAAACAAAAAUUUAAGGGAGGGAGAGAACGAGAGAGGAAGACAAAAGAUCGAGAAAAAGCAAGAGCGAGAAAUAAAAAGACAGAAGAAGAGAGAGCGAGAGGGAGAAGGCGUGGCCGUUAUCGCGGCUCUUACAAAGAGAGUUUUGCCCACUUGUGGCUGUGCUGAUGAAGGGCCCCGAGGAAACGAACAACACAGAGGGAGACACGAAGUAGGAAAUAUCCGAAGGAGUAGGGAUGGAGAGAAGAAGGGCUCGUUCUCUUCGUCUCCGUUUCUCUCUUUCCAUCCCAUUCGCAACGACGUUUUUCUCCUACCACAACGAGACGCACGAGGCCCAAGGCCUUGAGGCCCUCCACGGUUACCCUCCACCUCCUCUUCCUCCUUCUCCCGUUCGCCUCUCCCCACCACCAACAUCCCCCAAGAAUGAGAAUACCGGGCAGCGUGGUCCAGCCACGAGAUCGUAAGAGGAGUCAAGAAGUUACUAGAGUCUUACUCGCCACUCGACUCGUCAGUUUACGCAAAACUCCGGCCCGUGCUGGAGAUGUACAUAAGACACCUUCUCAGAAACUUGGAGUAAGUCAACAAACUCGAUAUCGUCCAACCCUUGCGGAGUGUCACGUGCUAAAUAAUUUGAAUUAGAUUCGCCCAUUCUGUCAGAGCUGAUCGAAGCACUGCAGUAAAAAAGUGAUUGAAUCUUUCAUGAUUGAGCAUUGAUCGAGCAAACAUUAUCGAAGCAUUGGUCCGUUGUGUUGGGGACGAUCUUAUAGUUGGGGAAUUUGAGUAUCGUGCUUUCCAGGCGCGAUCAACCAUCGAGCUAUUCGUAUUCAGCACUUGUGUCUCCAGUGCUCGUGGAGAACGCGAGUGGCUCAAGACUGUCGUGAACCAGUGCAGGAAAAGAGUGACCCUUUUGCCAACUCGUUUGUAUUCGACCCCCCCUGACGUCGAAACAAGACAGUUCAAAUAAUCGGAUUUCAAACGAUACGAUUAAGCACACGAUGACGAGCUACGCGUGCUUUCAACAGUACGAUCUGCUCGAUUCGGAGGGCUACGGCUCGGCGAGUAGCCCCGAAUCAAAUCCACCAGCAUCGAGCACAGGACGUGCCGGUUGGCCCGUUCAUCAUCAAGAGUCUUAUCCCCAUCCGCCGCGAUCACGUGGCAGCAGUUGCGGUAGCGUGAGCUCGAUCGACAGUCAACAAAACAAUCAUCACGUUGCCGAUCGCGAUCAUCGGAGCUGCAAUAGCAAUGAGAACUUGAGCAACUUCAACGCGCCCAUGAAUCUCUUCAAUUUCGCCGAGUUCUACGAGGGUUAUCAUCAAGAGGCUGAAAAUAUCAACGAAUCUCUAGCAACGACGGAAGUUGCGAUGAGAAACAGUAAAAUGGAACUUUCCAAGCUCGCUUACCGAGCCAAUUCUCACAACGGGACCAAUCAGCUGUACGAGAAUCGUUACGAAGUGCUUAAUUCUGCGAACCGACAGCCCUACGUCAACCUGCAUUUCAAUCAAAAAACGAGCAUGGAACACGGCCCUCACCACCACCGGAGUUACACAAACGGUCAAUCCGAAGCGUGCCUCACGUCGAAAGGACAUCCGGCCUACGAUCCAUCGAAAAAUGAAAUCUUCGCACCGAAAAGUGACGUUACGUCGAGUCUCUUCGUUCCCUCAAGGACGAACGUACUCUUUCUCACCGGAGGAUCUUUCCCGAAGAACGAGGAUCCGAUCCAGAAUCAGCAGAGUGCAGCGUUGCGCGUCAAUGACACAUCCGACAGAUAUCAAUCGAUGGACGAAGACAUGAUGAGCGAAAAUGGUAUCGAUUCCGAGUACGGAUCCUCCGAGACUGGUGGCAGUCUGACUCCUGGACACGUGCAAAAAGUCAAAAACCCUGGAACACCGGGCGUUGAAGUCAUGAGGAAAAGACGACUCGCGGCUAAUGCCCGUGAACGAAGACGAAUGAACAGCUUGAACGAUGCCUUCGACAGAUUACGCGACGUUGUACCGAGCCUGGGAAACGAUAGAAAACUCAGCAAAUUCGAGACUCUCCAAAUGGCCCAGACUUACAUAUCAGCGCUUUACGAACUUUUGCAGAGAGAAUGACGAAACGCGACUGCUCUUAGAUACAUGUAUAUAAACUCAAUUGCAAAGACUUGCUGCUAUGAGAAAUUGCAGAAAGAUUGAAUGUCUCGGAAAGAAUGAGAGAAAAUAAUAUUGUUGCCUGGAAUGUCUGAGCAAGUGUGAUCGUAUGAAGAAAUAAAUGAUAAUUGACCCAAUGGAUCUCUUGUACAUAUUACUAUACUUAGGGAAAAAAAAUUUGAAAAGAGAACGACGCAUGUAAAUAAUGUAUGUAUAAAAAACGAGAGUUUUGUUUUCCUAAGUUAU